GCGGCCUACCCUUAACGUUAAGUAGAAUUUAACUUUAUAUUAUAGACCAAGUAUAUAAUAUAUUAAUGUAGUGACCAUGAACACCUCGUAUACCGAAGUAUUUUCAACUGCAUACGUCAGUGAAGAAACGACAGUGGCCGCAGCUUUAGCACGUCGACCCUACGUUCGACCCUUCAACAACACAGAAGUCAUAAUAACAGCUACGAUCCUAUUCACUCUAUGUGUGGUUGGAAUAACUGGAAAUGUUAUUACCAUUGCUGUUAUCGGUAGCAGGAAAAGUUUGAGUACAAUUUUCAACAUAUUCAUUCUGAGCUUAUGCGUUUCGGAUCUCUACUCUGCUCUGAUCAGCCCACUACAACUGUAUAGACGGACCUGGGGGUUUGAUAGAUGGAUCAUUUCAGAUUUUUUGUGCAAGUUUUACUGGGGAUCGGAUCUUUGGACGUCCUUUGUCACAGCUACUCACAUUGCCUCUUUCGCCCUCUUGCGGUUGGCGUCAAUCGGUUGGCCUCAUAGAUUCGCAAAAGUUCGGAUGCUUAGUAUAAAGAUAUUCAUUAUUGCCGUAUGGUCAAUCACCUUCGCCGUUGGGUUUGUUCCUUUCUCUGUUUUCAUGGAGUCAGCACCUCGUAACAGAAGCAGUAACCACGUGUCGUCGAGAUGGCCGUCUUGCACAUGCGCAAUGCGGUGGGUUGGUCACUGCAAGUGGUACUCCCAUAUAGCUUACCCCAUAUUCUUCUACCUCCCUCUUGUGACGGUUGUUAUUACUUCGGUCGUCAUAGCAAUCUUCCUGUGGAGAAGAAGGUUCAAUACGUUUUCAGCAAAUCGGCAGACAGAUGUGGAGGCAAAGAAAGAAAAACAAGCAAUUAUCCAGUUGUUCCUGAUCGUUGGUUCUUUUCUCGUUGGAUACAUACCAUUUACGGCAUACGCGUUUUACACCCAAUACCCUGGUAAGAAAGGAGAUAACUUGCUUCGCAUUGACUGGUUGUUUGGAAUUAUACAAUACAUCUGCAUGAGAACGUCAGAAUGUCUCAACCCGAUAUUCUACAACAUUGGGUCGUCAAAAAUGAGAGUAGAAACAAAACGAUUUCUGGAAAAAUGUUUUUGUGGAAGAAGUGUUUCGAAAACAAACAACACCGUUUCGUCGUCAAAGGAAACGAACGGAAAACUAGAAACCUUGGACAGUAAAGUGCCCGAAAAUUUUGACGAUCCUGUUAUAAUAGACGAACGCCCACUUUAAAAGAGUUAAAGACAUGUAUAUAUAUAAUACCGUAUAGCUGUUUUUUGUUCAUGAUUGGAUGAAACGGUUA